GUGUAAUAACAUUGUGUAAUAAAAUGCUUCUGACUUCAAUUCAGUUGGGGCCCUUAUAUUAUUAUAAUCAUAUAUUAUGUGUGUGUAAAACCGCCUUUCCUAUUACUGUAUCUUUAAAUAUUCGACUGUGUUUUUUUACAUUAAAUAAGUUAAGUACAGGCCUAUUACAUGCCUGAAUUAAAUGUUAACCUAACAAUUGUUUACGUCUAUCUUUAUAUUUCAAGAUCCCUAUGUACGAAUGGAUGGACCGAACCAAGGUCUGUCAAAAAUAUUUGUUAAACAAGACGACCCUGUUUACGAGGAGCUGAACAUAGUGCAAAAGCCACCCGAAUGUUUGCAACGCACUGAAAGACAACCGAGUUUACCAAAACCAGGCCUAAGGAGUUUUGUUGAAAAUUUCUCAGAAAGUUGUGCAAUUGAUACUUUUACAGCACCAGUUUGUCCAAUUGAGCGCCCGCCGUUACCGGCACCCAGGACUCCAUCCCCGGCUCCUAGGUCUAUACCGGAUGCAAUACAAAAACAAAUAAUUGCUGACUUGGCAAGGCAGGUGGCACAUGAAGCAUCAAACAAGAGUUUGAAACCAAACAGCCCGCCACGAUGUCUUAACAUUCGGCAUUCCAUGCAUAGUCUUCCUUCGAAAGAUGGCGCCCUAACAUGGCGAAAAAACGCAAUUCGGAGGAAGUCAGAUACUUGUGACCUUCGGAAAUUUCAAGCUGAGAUAUUAGGAAAACGAUCACCUAUCGACGAGAAAGUGACCCCCAUCAAUGAACUAUUUAGCACUGACCAGUGUUCACCAAGUGAUGAUGAAAAGACCAAUAUACUCAAAAGAGAGCAACACAGGCGAUCGUCUACCCCUCCAAUACCAGGACCGAAACCGAAUAGAAAAAAAAUUGCGCCUUUUAAACGUGCAACCACAAUUGAAUGAAAUUUUGAGGAAACCUCUACCGUCUGGCAAGUAACUUUAAUAAUAUAACGAUGUUGUGGAAAGCUCUAAAAACGUAGGUGACGCGCACCAAGUGUGAUUGUGAACGUACAGUAAUUGAGGAAAACAGAUUUACAUUAGAGUAGUUUAAGUGUGAGGCCAAUCUGCAAAUUGGCUUUGAGACAAGCCUCAUCCCUUUUGCUGAAGUGUUGGAUUUUAAACAGCGUAAACGUACGUAGUUUGUGCGACACACGUAUCCCUGGCUAAUAAAUAACACCUUCUGAUAGAUCAGUUAAGUUUGACUCCAGAAAGUUCCAUUCAGAUCUUAGUUGGUUGCAUGCCGCAAACAACAGCAGAAAACAUUGUGCUAUUCCAAAUUUAAAUUUUGAUCUUGAAUAUCAGUAGCCGAAAUAAAAUUGCGCAAAUUCACAAAAAACAUAUAUCUUUAUACGAUAUAAAAUAAUGUAACUCGUUGCAAAUAUAUGUAGACCCUAUCUUUGCAAGUAUGUACUAGUAACAACAGCACAUGUUUUAUCUUAUUAUCAUUAUGAUAAUAAUAAUAAUAAUAAUAUUAUUAUUAUUUUUAUUAUUAUUAUUAAUGUUAUGUAUUUUUGAAUUAGAUGGCAGUUAAAACAAUUUACUCAGCAUUUUAAUUGCUGGCUUAACUUAAUCCUAUAAAUGUAAUAAUAAUAAUUAUAAUUAUUGUUGUUAUUUUUAUUAUUAUUUAUUUAUUAUUGUAUUAUUAUCAAUAUUAUUACUGUCAUUAAUGGUUGUUCUUAUGAAUUACAGUGUUAUUAUUAAAGUAAGUACAUUAGGAAAAUAAAAAAUAAAUAACAAUAAUAAUAAUAAUAAUAAUAAUAAUAAUAAUUCAUUCUUAUAUAGCACAAGCAAACAAGCUCUUAAUGCACUGUACAUAAAAAAUAGAAUAACUUAUUUAUGCAGCCCUUUGCAAGCUUUUACAAAUUGUACAUAAAUGAAAGAUAAAUAAAUGUUAUAUUGAAAUGAAUGAAUGAGUGUAAAUAAUG